AAUGACCUUCGAUUAAAGAAAAUGUAAAAAUAACCACGUGAUUUUACUGUACGCCUAUCUAUCUAUCUAUCUAUCUAUCUAUCUAUCUAUCUAUCUAUCUAUCUGUGCGUAAAAGUGUGGUUUUGGCACUGCGCAUCUAAUCGAACCAUAUCACGUUUUUACUGACUGCAGGAUGAACUAAGCGUGCAAAAUGUGUCAUUGUCUUCUUCACACGUCCUAGAACUUAAUAUCUGGUUAAACUCAUCCAGAUCUUCGUUCUGGACUCGUUGAACGCUAUUUUAAAUCGAUGUGUUGGACUGAAAUGAAAAUGAGCAUUCUUCUCUGUGGCAACUCUCAUUUUCACAUAUCAGGAUUGUUUUUUUGUUGUUGUGUCCGAUAUGGGCAGGAUUUAUUGGAUCUUUUAACGGCUCAGAGCACUGAACUGCAGAGAACUGGCAGGGAAACUCUAUUUCACACUCUGAUAAUGAACCCAAACCGAGGCUGUAAACGUUCCAGUGGAGCUGAAACCUGUUACCCUCGCCUAUCUUUGAAAACAUUCCCUUGCAUUUAGAUUAUAAAGUGUUUCAAACAACAUGGAUAAAAUGCCAGAAACACCAUGCAGAAAGUGAGUUAAACAGGCACCUCAUAAACUUUAUUUAGGAAAGAUUUGUUGUAGGAUUAUAAAAAAAUCCCACUGGAUUUUACAAUUCUGUGCAAUAAUACAGUCUUCUUCUUGUAUUUGUGUUGUGUUUUGAGGAUUUUUUUUAGCAACUUAUGCAGACUGCUGCAGGAAAUUGUUGUGGUUGUGAUGUUUUACAAACUUUAACCUGAUUGUAGCACUUUUGGUGCCAGCGAAUAAUCACGCCAAGUGCACAAAAGUAAUAAUCAAAUGAAGCUGCCUCUUUCCUGAAGCUUAAAAUGAAAAUGAGAUGUUGUCCACAUUCGAUUAGGAGAACUUUUGCUGUGUGAAGCUCAGACUAUGCAGAAUCUGGAGCUUCCUAUUCAAAAUGGCACCUAUUUGGAAACAAAACACCAGUUUGUACAAGAGAAAUAUAUUUUAUUAUGUGGAUAAGUUGAUAUUUCAAAUCAUACUGUAGGUGUGGGGCAGUUAUCUGCUGCUGCUGGUGAGGAUGCUACAUCUUCUUGACAUCUUUUACUGCCCCUCUGCUCUCAGGUCACUCUCAUGACUCCUGCCCUCUCAUGACUCCUGCCCUCUCCAGCAUUGUAGCUCACCUCUCACUCUUUCCUCUCCUCUUGCCUCUGCCUUUCCUGCGCUUUCCUUGUCCUCCCAUUGUUCUUCCAAAUGCUACGGAAGAUCGAGAUAUCAGUUUUCUUAAUCUCUGCCUCUUGUUUCUUCCUGCAUGUCUGUGUUUUGUUUUGGAUUUUUCACCUUCAUCUCUCACCCACGUUUCCAUCGUCUGACCGCCGGAGUGUCCGUUCCACCUUCACCCUGCUGGCAGCCAACUUUCCAGUGCCCUCUUUCUCAGAUGUGGAGCCAGCAGAGGACCAAACAGUCGUGGACUUGGACCUCCGCUGCCAGGCCUGAAGCGUGACCCCAGCGUGUGGAUGUGACUUCCUUUUGGUGUGUUUUAAACAGCUUUGUGCCUUCGGGUGAGCCAACAUCUUGUGAGGAUGAGGGCCGUCGCACUGUUGUGUCUCUUCAUGGCCGUAGAGGUCGGAGCCUCCAGGUUCAUCCGUGACUCCCAGGGUUUGCCCGAAGCUCUAGAACCCCUCAAGAGCAACACUUCGGCCCUGAUUCCGCCUCCACAACCUAGCCGACCGCGAAACUCCUUCCCCCCCAUGUGCGUUAAGCCUACGGAGAUCAAGCACGCCUUCAAGUACGUAAACACCAUCAUAUCCUGCCUGAUCUUCGUGGUGGGAAUCAUCGGCAACUCAACGCUGCUCAGGAUCAUAUAUAAGAACAAGUGCAUGAGGAACGGACCCAAUGUUCUGAUCGGCAGCCUGGCUUUGGGGGACCUGCUUUAUAUCAUCAUCGCCAUCCCCAUCAAUGUGUUCAAGCUGAUAGCAGAGGACUGGCCGUUUGGAGUGUACGUCUGUAAGUUGAUGCCGUUCAUCCAGAAGGCCUCGGUGGGAAUCACUGUCCUGAGCCUGUGUGCGCUCAGCAUUGACCGCUACCAUGCAGUCACAUCAUGGAGCAGGGUGAAGGGGAUGGGGAUCCCUCUGUGGAAAGCAGUGGAGGUGACGCUGAUCUGGCUGGUUGCUGUGGUGCUGGCAGUCCCCGAGGCACUGGCCUUCGACAUGCUGGAGAUGCCGUAUAGAGGCAACAAGCUGCGCAUCUGCCUGCUCCAUCCAGAACAGACCACCAGCUUCAUGAAGCGCUAUCAGGAGAUCAAAGAUUGGUGGCUGUUUGGGUUUUAUUUCUGCCUUCCACUGGCCUGCACUGGAAUCUUCUACACGCUUAUGUCCUGUGAGAUGCUCAGUCGCAAAAAAGGCAUGAGGAUUGCGCUCAACGACCACAUGAAACAGCGGAGAGAAGUAGCGAAGACAGUGUUCUGCCUGGUGUUGAUUUUUGCUUUCUGCUGGCUGCCCCUUCAUCUCAGCCGCAUUCUGAAGAAAACAAUCUACGACCAAAAUGACCCCAACCGAUGCGAGCUGCUCAGCUUCCUCUUAGUGAUGGAUUACAUCGGAAUCAACAUGGCCUCCUUAAACUCCUGCAUUAACCCGAUUGCCCUCUACUUUGUCAGCCAGAAGUUUAAAAACUGUUUCCAGUCUUGCCUGUGCUGCUGGUGCUAUAGAUCGUCUCCUCUUGAUGAACGAGGCUCUGGGGGACGCUGGAAGGGCUCCUGCCACGGAAACGGACUAGAUCGUUCCAGCUCCCGCUCCAGUUCCAGUCAGAAAUACACAAGCUCUUCAUAAACACCCACACGGAUUGCGCAUUUGUUCUACCAAAACCAACGUUCCCAUCGUCAGCUCCCGUCGUGGAGAAACUGCUGCGUCACUGCCAACAUAUCAGAUCUGAGUCAGGAGGGUAAGCGAGGCCGAAGGCACUUCUACAGGACUCACUGGAGACUGAAAGACUCAGUGAUCAACCCAAACUGGUGAAUGAAAUAACAGGACUGUGCCUUGUCCAGGUUCUAAUGCUUAAAGCUAUUCUGAAACCACAAAAAUGUCAUCAUACUUCGUCACUGAGGCUUGUGUAGUGGACUUAAAGGCUCUCAGUGGCUCAAAUACAUUUAUUAAGAAUGUUUAUUCAAGCUACUUGUAAAUUUAUGUACAGUAUUAUUUACAUGUAGAGCGCAGACUUAUGGUUAUAUCUCGACUUAGUGCUUCAUGUAUGGAUAAGCACUGAUAAAUACUACCUGUUGAAGCUUUAAUACCUCACGGUGGAAAGCUAGAGGGAAACUGUGACCCUGAGUGAUGUUCCGAAAGUUGCGUUUUUUUCUAAAACACACAUUUGUGUCUCUGCAUAGAAGAUAAAUUGAUUCUCCGACAAUCAGUUGCAGGUUGUCACUGCUCAAAGUCCACAAGUGACAUCAUACCAGAGUAAAAUGAGCCCCAGUGUUUACCUUCUAGCCAUGUGGAGAGUCAAGCAUUGGGGAUCUUUUAAUCUGGAAAUCAUCAUUGCUUUAAGUCAUGUGGAAGGCAGCUGUUGACUGAGAACACUAACAAACACCAGACGAUUCCCAUCAUGCUACAUUACUAGUUCUAUUAUUGUUGCAGUACUCUUGAUUUAUGUUUCAUUGGUCUCUGUUCACAUUGUGUAUCAACUCUUAACUCUUAGUCUCUUACAAUGUAGCUUCUAUUUUUCUACGAAAAUAUCACAAAACCUUUGUUAAAUAUUUCACCUCCACCGAGGCGUGGUAGUGUCACAAAGCUUUUCCUAUGGCUGGAAAUUCCUCUGAAAAUUACUUCUAAUGAGCUGCUUAAGGAAGACGUGUUUUUAGUUUACUCAUUUAUAUGCUUUAGGAAUGAAAAUGUUAAAAAUGAGUGUUUCAGCUGAGAUUAAAUUACUUUAACUACAUUUGGAUGAUAGAAAUUAUAUACACUAUAUUGCCAAAAAUAUUUGCUCACCUGCCUUGACUCGCACAUGAACAUAAGUGACAUCCCAUUCCCAAUCUAUAGGGUUCAAUACGAUGUCGGUCCACCCUUUGCAGCUAUAACAGCUUCAACUCUUCUGGGAAGGCUGUCCACAAGGUUUAGGAGUGUGUUUAUGGGAAUUUUUGACCAUUCUUAAAGAAGCACAUUUGUGAGAUCACACACUGAUGUUGGACCAGAAGACCUGGCUCUCAGUCUCUGCUCUAAUUCAUCCCAAAGGUGUUCUAUCGGGUUGAGGUCAGUCAAGUUCAUCCACACCAGACUCUGUCAUCCAUGUCUUUAUGGACCUUGCUUUGUGCACUGGUGCACAGUCAUGUUGGAAGAGGAAAGGGCCAGCUCCAAACCGUUCCCACAAAGUUGGAAGCAUGGAAUUGUCCAGAAUGUCUUUGUGUGCUGAAGCUUUCAGAGUUCCUUUCACUGGAACUAAGGGGCCAAGCCCAGCUCCUGAAAAACAACCCCACACCAUAAUCCCCCCUCCACCAAACUUUACACUUGGCACAAUGCAGUCCAACAAGUAUUGUUCUCCUGGCAGCCGCCAAACCCAGACUGGUCCAUCAAAUUGCCAGAUGGAGAAGUGCGAUCGGUCACUCCAGAGAAAGCAUCUCCACUGCUCUAGAGUCCAGUGGUGGCAUAUUUUACACCACUGCAUCCCACACUUUGCAUUGCACUUGGUGAUGUAUGGCUUCGAUGCAGCUGCUCGGCCAUGGAAACCCAUUUCAUAAAGCUCUCUGCUGAAGCACUGUUCUUGAGCUAAUCUGAAGGCCACAUGAAGUUUGAAGGUCUGUAGCGAAUGACUCUGCAGAAAGUUGCCCACCUCUUGGCACUAUGUGCCUCAGCAUCUGCUGACCCCGCUCCAUCAGUUUACGUGGCCUACCAUUUGGUGGCUGAGUUGCUGUCGUUCCCACACACUUCCACUUUCUUAUAAUACAGCUCACAGUUGACUGUGGAAUAUUUAGGAGCGAGGAAAUGUCACGACUGGAUUUGUUGCACAGGUGGCAUCCUAUCACAGUUCCAUGCUGGAAUUCACUGAGCUCCUGAGAGCAACCCAUUCUUUCACAAAUGUUUUUAAAAGCAGUCUGCAUGCUUAGGUGCUUGAUUUUAUACACCUGUGGCUAGUAAUUGGAACACCUGAUUCUGAUUAUUUGGAUGGGUGAGCGAAUACUUUUGGCAAUAUAGUGUAUAUAUAUACAGAUAUACAAUGAUGUACCUAACAGCUAAUUAUGGUGUUUAGCAUGUAGAACAUACUAAGCAGGACCAGCUGAUUCUGAUUUUGUAUCAAGAUGAGGAGGGGAUAAGAGCUAAGUGAUAUUGUUGGGGCACAGAUGGCAGGAGCAUCAGUCACAAACAUUGUUUAACUGGCUAGUGUUCCAGUAGGCGCUUUGAUUAAAGAAUUGCAGUGACUGAUCAUACUGCCAGCAAGAACAGUACAUUAACAUUGACAUAGAGAGGGAUAGCAUAGUAGGGUUAGGGUGUAUAAACCCCUAACUGCAAAGAUGAAUGCAUAUUUAAGAGUUCAGUGAUGCAAAAACCAGAUUCACUCGUCCACAGAGAUGUGGAAAAGGUGAUAUGGUCAAAUGGGUCAUCCAUUGUCAUACAGUUCUGAAUGCUUGACUCCUACAAUGAGAGGAUCUGGUGGUUCUGGUAUGUCAUGGGGGGCAUUUUGCUGACCUCCUUAGAUGGAAGGGUCAAUGCACAUCAUUACAAAGUUGUUUCAGUCAGUAGGUGAGUGGGCACAAAGGGUCACUGAAUUGUUUUAGUAGAAAGUGUUGCGAAUCCUUCAUAGUCACCCCAUCUCAACCCAUUUGAACAUCAGUAGGAAGUUUUCGACUGACGUGUGCUAACCUCUACCGUUAUCAAAGCACCAAAUGAGGGAACACAUUUCGAAAGAAUGGUGUUCCCCCCUCCAGCAGAGUUCCACAGACUUGGAGAGUCAGUACUAAGGAGCAUUGAAGCUAUUCUGAUGGCACACGGUAGCCCAAAAACUUACCAAGAAGUAUUAUAUUGGUUUUUCUUUAAUUUGUCAUAUACACUUUUUAUUAAAUAUAUUGAAAUUCAAGAUAUGUAACUAAAUUAACAUGUUAACUGAUAUCAUCUGUGAAGGAAAUUUGCAGGCAAUGAAUCUUAUAAGAAAUAAGAAAUGAUAUUUGUGAGGUGCAGCUCAGGAAGAGGAAGGUUUUCCUUUAUUUAUGUUACAAUCAUUUCAGACUUAAGGUAGUAAGAGAGACCAGCAAAUGAUAAGUAGCUACAUACUCAUGAAAAACCCUGUCAGUGCCAAAGCAGCAAGACAUUUGUCUUCACUGUAAUGUGGGAAAGUAAGAGCCUAUACAAGCUCAGGAUUUUCAUCAUGUGCUACUUUUAUAUUUGCUCUCAGUGCACCAUGAGAAAACACUUUAUUACAAGAGCAGCCUAAUAAAACAUGUUUAUGCUGAGAAAUCAGACAAUGUGUUUAUUCACACAGAAGCAACAAAAAUAGAGUACAUCUGCCUUUAUUAUGCUAUUGCUUGGAUACAGAAUUUCCAUUGCCACCGUGUUAAGAGUUUACAAUAUCAGCUGAUUGUACAGAAUGUGACUCAUUAAACUCAUAUCUAUUUAUGACAUCUUCAUCCUGGUUGGAGCUGCAUCCAAAAGUAACUGUGUGCUGGAAGCUCAGAGCAGCUUCAUGAGUAUCGUUAUCGAGGGACCACCAAGUUAAAACCUGUAGUAGUAAUUUUGAAGUUGAAGAUAUAUGUGAAUAUUGUCCCUUUGUAUUACAUUUAUAUUGUACUUAUUUGUUCAGAGAACACAGUAAUAAAUAUUAUUUUAUAGCA